GCAGAUGCUUAGAUGUCCCACUUUCAGAGCUCUCAACUGGUACUGAUGGCACCAUAAUGGUGACAAUGGAUGCCAACUUUGGCCUCGUGAGAAAAAGGAGCUCUGAAAGAAGUGUGUCAGAGGGAGCAAUCCAGUCUUGGGCUGGGAGUUGUGAACGCAAAAGGUGGUCGGCACUACGUGAAACCAGGAGACGCCGCAGAGCUACGGGCAGGGAGGAGGACAGCUCAUCGGCGGUUGGCAUAAGCUGGUUUGUGAAUGGGUCAGAAUGGCUUCUCAGGAAGUAGAGGAAGAUGGGGAAAUGGAUUAUGGCGACUGGACUCCAGUGGCUAAUAGGAGAGGAGGAAUUGGGGUGAAUAGAGCAGAAGGAGGGUGGAUGACGAGUCAAGGAAGUAAAAGGAGUUUGGAAGAGAGCAGUUCUGAUGAAGGUAGUGGGUUUGUGCGGAAAAAGGCUGGGAAAAAGGAAGUUAAAAUCAUCCUGAAAUUUAGGAAAGAUGAGCAUAUCAGUUUAAGCCCUAUAGCAGUAUCCAGGGAGUUAAAAAAGAAGCUUGGAGUUGUGGAAAUGGCGAGGAUUUUGAGAGAUGGAAGCCUGUUUAUAGUGUGCAAAACGGAGGAACAGAAAAACAAAGCGUGGGAAGUUGAAAGUGUGUGUAAGAAAAUAAUUAGUGAGAGAAAGAUUGUGGGUGACAGUAAAGUCACAAGGGGGGUGAUAACAGGGAUACCAGUGGAGGAAGACUUGGACAAACUUAAACGCAGUAUAAAUGGAGGUGAGGUGAGCAGAAUUAAAAGACUUAUGAGAACAGUAAAUGAUGAAAGAGUUGAGAGCUUGUCGCUUCUUCUGGAGUUUCAGGAGUCAGUGUUACCAGAAAAAGUGAAAAUAGGAUGCAUGAUUUUUCCAGUUAGGCCAUACAUCCCCCCACCAUUACGAUGCUACAAAUGCCAGAGAUAUGGACAUAUAGCAGUGGCUUGCAAAGGAAAACAGAGAUGUCCUAAAUGUGGAGAUGAGCAUAGGGUGGAGGAUUGUAAGGAAAAGGUGCAGGAUAAAUGUUGCAAUUGUGGUGGCCAACACAGGGUAACGUAUGGAGGAUGUGAAGUUAGGAAAAGGGCUGUGAAAAUACAACAGGUUAAAACAGUUAACAACAUAAGUUAUGCAGAAGCAGUGAAGACAGUACAAGGACAAAAAUGAAGAGUGGAAACUGAC